GCAUAACCACAGUUCUUACCAUGACCACCCUGAUGGUGAGCGCUCGUUCUUCCCUUCCUAGGGCUUCGGCCAUAAAAGCGUUGGACGUCUACUUCUGGAUCUGUUACGUCUUCGUCUUCGCUGCACUGGUGGAGUACGCCUUUGCCCAUUUCAAUGCCGACUAUAUGAAAAAGCAGAAAGACAAACUGAAGACCAACAGGCAGGCAGAAGAGGUCAAUGUGAAAAACGCGAUUGUUAUGUUUUCUCUUUCGAUUGCUGGAGUCAACCAGGAGCUGGCCACGUCCAGCAGGCCCCGCCGAAGGCCCCGGCACCUGUCUGGCUCAUACGGCUCAGCUGAAGUAGAAACGGGGGACACCAAGAAAGUGGGGGCACCAAAGCCCAGAAGAGGCCUAAAGUCUCUCUUCAAACCCAUCGAUGCCGACACCAUCGAUAUCUAUGCCAGGGCGGUUUUCCCAGCGGCCUUUGCUGCAGUCAACGUCAUCUAUUGGGUGGCCUACACCAUGUGAGGACCCCAAAGGGCAUCCAGCCGUUCCUUCGCCCUUCCCUGAAGGAGCUUGAGGACAAUCGAGAGGACGCCCCACGAGGGGAGCCGAGCUCGGGAAGCGCUCUUUCAGCACAGCUGUUCCAGAGCCGAACUAUUCUUUUGCACGCACAGAUGUUUGUUUCAUUUGCCUCUUCCAUCUCCAAGGGGAGGAAGAAGUUGUGUUGACAACGAAGGCAAAGGACGAACUUUAUCAUCUGAUUUUGUUUCACUUUCUUGGCGAACCCAAAUGACAGUGUUUUUCCCCCCCCCCAGGAAGGCACAAACAGCUCUGCCAAGAUUUGACCAGCCUCUAAGCAAUGUCUCCCGUUUCUCCAUUAACUGUGCCAAGUUCUGGAUUAAGACCAUUUGGAGCAUCCGAAAUAUCAGGAAUAUAUCUGAAAUAAUUUGUUGUGAAAGUAGGACACAAUUUCUUGUGAGAAAUUUAUUAUCUGGGCAAUAAUUCAGCUGGGACAUCACGUGCAGGAUGAAAUGAAACGAGCAAAUUUUUUUUUUGAGUUGUUUGGAGCAGCUGCUCUUGAUUUUAAAGCUUUUUGACAAUUUUCAGGUUUCAACUACUCAAGUAUGGGCUGGUUGAGAUUUUGCAGAAUUUCUCUUUUAUUUAUUUUUUAUCUGAGGCAUUACCACACUCCUUCUCCUCCUUGGCUGCAAAGUUCGCCAUAGCAGUCAUGGCACGAUCAUUUAUAUUUGGUAAUUUUGGAAAUGAUUUCCUUACCUUUUAAUUA